AACAUGAUUUAGGCUAAAAGCAUUGCAUUUUAAACAGUUGGUCACUGAACUGCAAAUUAAAGCUGCUUCUGUCAGGUUUUCGUUGCCGUUACGUAGAGUAUUUAUUUUUUUGCCCAGACAAAAGAGUAAGCAAACAGGAUGUGAUGGGAAAACUGAAACACGACCUCCUGUUCCUUUAAGAAACCAGCUUAUCAGGGGGUUUUAGUGUGUGCGGCCGAACCUGCUAGCAAGGAAAAGUUCUUUAAGAUGACGGAUGUGCGCCGCCUCCAAUCACAGCGACGGGCCUGGCCAGCGGGGCGGGGCGUCCCGCCCUCGGCCAGUAGCCGCGCAGGAGGAGGAGCUUGCGGCUCAGGCUUGGUUGCGGCGGAGCACAGCUUCAAGUGAAGUUAAUCUGAGGGGAAGCAAACAGAAAAUUGUGCAGGUUUUGUGGGUGUGCAACAGAGAAACAUGGCUCAAGAAACUAAUCACAGCCAAGUGCCUAUGCUUUGUUCUACUGGCUGCGGAUUUUAUGGAAACCCUCGCACAAAUGGCAUGUGUUCAGUGUGCUAUAAAGAACAUCUCCAAAGACAGAAUAGUAGUAAUGGUAGAAUCAGCCCACCUGCGGCUUCUGUUGGCACCCUGUCCGAGUCUUUCCCGGUCCAGUGCGCGGACGGCAGCGUCCCCGAUGCACAGUCACCCCUAGACUCCACGUCUGCAUCCGUGCAGCCCAGCCCUGUAUCAAAUCAGUCGCUUUUAUCCGAAUCUGUAGCAUCUUCCCAAGUGGACAGUACGUCUGUGGACAAAGCAAUCCCUGACACGGAAGACCUGCAAGCUUCAGUAUCAGAUACGGCGCAGCAGCCAUCUGAAGAGCAAAGCAAGUCUCUUGAAAAGCCAAAACAGAAAAAGAACCGCUGUUUCAUGUGCAGGAAGAAAGUAGGACUUACUGGGUUUGAAUGCCGGUGUGGACAUGUGUACUGUGGUGUACAUCGUUACUCAGACGUGCACAAUUGCUCGUACAAUUACAAAGCUGAUGCUGCGGAGAAAAUCAGAAAAGAAAACCCGGUAGUUGUCGGCGAAAAGAUCCAGAAGAUCUGAACUCCUGCUGGAAUACAAACUCCUUUGACCAUCUGCAAACUAAAAGUUGACUUGAGGUCUUUUUUCCUAGUCCUGGGGAGUGUAGAGCAGUGUGCGUGGCACAGACCUUUUAAUCAUGCAUGUCAACCAGAAGAAUAGAUUUUUGGUUUUGUUUUGAAAAUGACUCUGAACAUUUAUUUCCAUUGCAGUUUCUGUGGCUGAAAAGACUUAAGUAAACUUUACAAGUAUUAUCCUUCUAAGAUCAUUUUAAUUUUAGUUGAGCGCAGAGGGCUUUUCUAACAAACGUGGAGACCUUUCGGAGGGCUGUGAUUUUUUUCCAGUAUUAAACAUGCAUGCAUUGAACUUGCAGUUUAUUUUUCUCAUUGUGUGUGUAUAUAGAGCUUUUCUCUGCAGCACGAUUUCUCUUUUGAUAAUGCCCGUUAGGGCACAACUAGUUACCAGUAACUGAAUGUAUCUUAAUCAUUAUGGCUGCUUCUGUUGUUUCAUUAACAAAGGUUAUACCUGUGUUAGCAUAUAGUUUCUUUGCACCCACUAUUUAUGUCUGAAUCAUUUGUCACAGGAGAGUGUGUGCCGAUGAGAUUCUACGUUUGUGUGUUUCUGAAUUGUUUGAGCGAGGGAAGGAACGGCUGUGUGCGUUUCAUCGCCGACCGCAGGCUUCUUUCGGUAGCGUUCACCGGUCUGGGUGUGUACACGAUACGAAGAACGAUCUGGAGUAAUCGUGCUGUGUUUACGUUUACCCCACCUGUCUGUGAUUAAAUAAAAAGGAAAACCAUA